AAGUGAAUAAGCAAAGCCAAGAAAGAGAGAGAGAGAAAGAAAAGGAAGAGAGAAGAGGAGGCAGAGCCACUGAGGCAGACACCAAUCUGUAUCUAUAUGUGUAUAUGUGUGUAUAUAUAUAUAUAUAACAUAUAGAUACAAUACAAUACAACAAAAAAGGCAUAACCCAUUUCGAUUCAUUGAUAUUAUAUAUUGAUAAUAAUACGAUUACACCAAAAAGCAGAUCUUCGUCGUCUCAGACCACACCAGCUGAUUUCCUUUCUUCGAGACUCAAUUCUCAAUCCCAUCUUCCAUUUCUGCCUCUAGGGUUUCAAAGCAUAUGGAGACAUGUACGUGAAAGAAUCUUCUUCUGUCAAUUUGUUUUUUCCUUUGGAAGAUUAGUCAACUGGUUCAAAGUCUUGUCUUUUCAAGAUGAAUUCAUUGCCAGGCUUGGAAGGAAUGAGUACUCAUGAAGACAUUAGAGAUAGAAGAUCAGAUUUUGAAAACUCUGAAGAUGAGAGGAGGCGUUCGAAAAUCGGUAACCUCAAGAAGAAAGCCAUAAAUGCUUCUAAUAAAUUCACUCAUUCACUUAAAAAAAGAGGGAAAAGAAAAAUUGACUACAGGGUUCCCUCAGUGUCGAUAGAGGAUGUUCGGGAUGAAAAAGAGGAGAGUGCUGUACAAGAUUUGCGCCAAAGACUCCUCGACAGGGAUUUGUUACCGUCUAGGCACGAUGAUUACUAUACUCUGUUAAGAUUUUUGAAAGCUCGGGACUUUAACAUUGAAAAAACGAUCCAAAUGUGGGAAGAAAUGCUAAACUGGAGAAAAGAGUACGGAACAGACACUAUUUUGGAGGAUUUUGAAUUUGAAGAGCUUGAAGAAGUGUUGCAGUAUUAUCCUCAAGGGUAUCAUGGGGUUGAUAAAGAAGGCAGACCAGUGUACAUUGAAAGGUUGGGUAAAGCUCAUCCUAGUAAACUCAUGCGUAUAACCACAAUCGAACGAUACUUAAAGUACCAUGUCCAAGAAUUUGAGAGAGCAAUACAUGAGAAAUUCCCAGCUUGUUCAAUUGCGGCCAAGAAACAAAUCUGUUCAACCACUACUAUAUUAGAUGUGAAUGGCUUAGGAAUAAAGAACUUCACUCGAACUGCUGCAAAUCUUCUGGCAGCCAUGACAAAGAUAGACAAUAGUUAUUACCCCGAGACACUACAUCGAAUGUACAUCGUCAAUGCUGGUCCUGGCUUUAAGAAAAUGCUUUGGCCUGCUGCACAGAAGUUUCUUGAUGCUAAGACAAUUGCAAAGAUACAGGUUCUGGAACCGAAAUCCUUGUCCAAACUUUUUGAAGUCAUUGACCCGAGUGAGUUGCCUGACUUCCUGGGUGGAUCAUGUACAUGCUCCACCGAGGGAGGUUGUCUUAGGUCUAACAAAGGACCAUGGAAUGAUCCUGACAUUAUGAAGCUCGUACAUGAUGUCGAGGCAACUUUUGUGCGACAAAUCACUAGAGUGUCACAUGAUCAACUGAAACUCGACUCUUUUGUACAGAUACGCCCGAUGAAGGGACGGAGCAGUGAUACUUCGAAUGCAGAAUCAGGGUCAGAUAUUGACGAUCCUUGUUCCCCAUUAAGGCGAAGUAGUUCUGCAGUACCUCGUUUGGCACCAGUACAUGAAGAAGUCAGGGCAUCAGAUUCAAAUGUAUACUUUAGCUGCGAUGAUCAUUUUCCUUCGGUUGAGAAUACAAAUGGAAAUGAUGAUGAGGCAGCGCAUGUCCAGGAUCAUCAAUUACUAAAUAACAAUUGCAAUGAUAUUAGGAAUAUUUCUCAUCGGACACUUCAUUCGGAAGGUAGUUCAAUUUUGCAUUGGUUCAAAAAUAUUAGGGAAAAAUUCGACAAAAGGGAAUUCCAUCGUGUGGCUGGAAUGUUUUUAUCUUUUUUGUUCAGACUAUUCACAAUUUUCCGCAGCGAAAGGUUUGAAUUCUGGAGAAGACAGAACAACAUUCACCCCUCUAACUUGAUCGAACACAACACGAGUAGCCAUUCAGAAGCUGUUGAAGCUGAAACAUCGAAUGAAGAAGAUCGUGUCCUUCCAUGUAUAGAGCGUCUUCAGAGACUAGAAAAAGUAUUUAGCGAAAUCAGUAACAAGCCCGCUACAAUUCCUAUAGAGAAGGAAAAAAUUCUAAUGGAAUCUAUGGAUAGGAUAAAAAACGUCGAGAUUGAUCUCGAGAAAACAAAGAGGCUAGUCCAUGCUACGGUGGUGAGGCAAAUCGAGAUUGCUGAAUUUCUGGACAAUCUACAACAGUCGAGUUGUCGACAAAGAAGAUUGUUUUGUUGAAUGAAGGGUAUACAUAGUACAAUGAUCUAAUGGGAUUGGUGGGGGAAGAAAGAGAAGACACUAAAAACAUAAAUAGAUAAUUAUAUAAUAAAAAAAACAUAAUUUAAUUUUUUUGGGGGGGUCUUAAAAUUUCCUCUGAAAAGGGUUGUUGUAACAUGGCACAGAUUGUAGAGAGAAAGAGAAAGAAAGAGAGAGAAUUGCGGCAUGUUUGUUGUUGUUGUUUCAAUUGAGCUUCUUUGUGUUGUCUUUCAUGGCUAUGUAAUUGUAAUGUACAGCAAAAAGCAAAUCCAACACUUUGAAUUUGAAAAUCUCUCCUUUUCUUCCUUA